AUGAAGAAAAACACUGAAGUCUUCGAUUUCAAUGAAGAGGACGAGCUCGCUGAGUCUACUGCUGGAAAGUUGUUGGAAAAAUUCGCAAACCCUAGUCCGUCCAAUUCUCCGGCUCUGCAACGCCAACGCAUCCAAAGCUUUUGCCAGGACAAACGUGUUCAUAAAGAAGAAAUGGAAGGCACAAGCUGUGCAGAGGCUGCUACUCCUAUAGCCGAUCAUCUUUGUGAAGAUGCUCCGACUUUAGUAACAGAAGCUGAUGAGUCAACCAGAGACCAUUUGAGUACAGAUGUAGAUCAAGAUAAUGAUGGAGUGAUAUUUGGUUUGAAUACCGAAGACCAUGCAAAAGAAACAGAUGUGGAUCACGGUAAUCAUGGACUGAUGUUUAAUUUGAGUACUGAAGACCACAUAGAAGAAACAGAUGUAGAUCAUGGACUGGAAAGUUUCUCUUGCCAGCCAGACGCUAAAAGUUUCUACGCUGAGACGUCAUCAUACAGUCAACCGCAGCUAAGAUCACCCUUUUCAGAUUCUUCAUCCAGUGAGGAGGAGGAGCAGAACGAUAUGAUGUCAGCUAUUGAUGAAAGCUUGAGUGAUCGAUCAGAAUUGAGCCAGGAUUCUGAUUCAGAAAGUGAUGAAGAAGAUUGGAUGGCUGAACACUGCUUCGAUGAUAUGGAAAAGAUUGACAGAAGCACGGCUGUUAUCAUGAUUCCAGAGUAUGUUGUACUUAAGGAUAUGCCUUGUGCUGCAUCUCUGGUAAUCUUUUCAAGCAAUGGCGUCAAAAUAAAGAGUUAUCAUGAAAAUAAUGAAGAAACCCCAUUCUCUUGUGAAUUUGGAGUUGAAGAUAUAGUUAGUAUUCAAAACAACUGGUACCAAAAUAUUGGAUUGAUCAUUCUCAAAAUCCGAGUUCUAUUGAAAGAUGAAGAAGGCCAUGAAGAUAUGCAACAACACACCACAGACAUCGAGGAGUUAAAGUUUGCUGUUAAAGAACUCAAUUGGCCUGAGAAGCAACAAAAAAUUAACUCGCUUCAUGUGAAAUACCCGGCUGUAUGGAAUGCUGACCUCACUGAUGACGUGGAAGUAUCAGGGGACAACUUGCAUCAGAAGAAGCGUUAUUUUCCACGAUUUGAUGAACCAUUUGAGGAUGUUAUCUAUCCAAAGGGAGACCCAGAUGCUGUUUCCAUUUGCAAUAGAGAUGUUGAGCUCUUGCAGCCAGAGACUUUUGUGAAUGACACUAUCAUUGACUUCUAUAUUAAUUAUUUGAAGAAUCAGAUUCAACCGGAGGAAAAACAUAGAUUUCAUUUCUUUAACAGCUUUUUCUUCCGGAAACUUGCUGAUCUCGACAAAGAUCCAUCAAGUAUAGCAGAUGGAAAGGCUGCUUUUCUACGUGUCCGGAAGUGGACAAGGAAGGUGGACAUGUUUGGGAAGGACUACGUUUUUGUGCCGGUGAACUUCAAUCUUCACUGGAGUUUAAUAGUCAUAUGUCACCCUGGUGAAGUGGCUAAUUGUACAGAUAUAGACUUGGAUGACUCUACAAAAGUACCAUGCAUAUUACAUAUGGAUUCUAUAAAAGGGAGCCAUGCAGGGCUUAAGAAUCUAGUCCAAAGUUACUUGUGCGAGGAGUGGAAGGAGAGGCAUAAGGAUACAUCGGAUGAUAUUUCUUCCAGAUUCAUGAAUUUGCGGUUUGUAUCACUUGAGUUGCCACAGCAGCAAAACUCAUUUGAUUGUGGCCUCUUUCUGCUGCACUAUUUGGAGCUAUUUCUUGCCGAAGCUCCCGAUAAUUUUAGUCCUUUCAAGAUAUAUAAUGCUUCCAACUUCCUUUAUCUGAACUGGUUUCCUCCUGCCGAGGCUUCAUUGAAGCGUACUCUGAUUCAGAAGUUAAUUUUUGAACUCCUUGAAAACCGUUCACGGGAAGUUAGGAACGAACAGGACCAGUCCUGUGAAAGUCCAGUGGCGGCUGAUAAUAACGAUACGGGGAUCGAGGUUCUUUCGGAGAGAUGCAGCCCCUUGAGAGACUGUAACGGGAAUAUGACACAGACGGAAGACGAUCAAGGAAUCGAAAUGACUCUGCUUGAAAGAUCUUCCAUGAGGAACAUGCAGGUUGCUAAUGAUUCCGGUAUGGUUCUAAGGGAUUUAUUCGACUCAGGAGCCAACAACACAGGAUCGUUACUUGGACAACUACAAGAAACAUUCGAGGAACCAUCUACGUUUUAUCAUCUUAGUAACGACUCAUUGCCAAGAGAGCAAGUAGAGAUGGAAGGUGAUGAUCAGUUUAUGAGUCUCAACUCUGGAGAGGGAAACUUUCAACGCAUCGCUGGAGCUGCAUCUACGUCAUCCUUUUCAUGGAACCUUGAUAUUACGCCGGAGCAGAAAGAAGAUGAGGUUGAUUCGUUAUCUGAAACUUCAAAAAGCAUAUCUAAUGAUUCAGAAGAUUUCGGUAUCAUAGAAGACAAGCCAAUGGAAGACAUUCACGAAGAAGAAACCGGUGAGAGUCCACCAAGAGAGACGGUCUCUGCAACCGUGGGAUCUAACACUGAGAACAAAGAGGUCGUUUCUGCUCACGACGAGCUCGUGGGUCCAUCGAGUCAAGAUGACGUAGACGAGGAGAAACCAUUGGAGCUUGAUCUUGGAAUUGGGGACAAGACGAGUGAAGAUCUUGGGGAUGAUUGUGAUGAGAAGGAGAAGGAGAGGGAGCCAAUGGAGGAAGAAGAUGAGAAGCGAGCUGCAAAACGGCCAAGGCUAUCUUCCACAGACGAAGUUGAGGAGAUGGAGUAA